AUGUUGAGCCGUCAAGCUAUCCGCCCAAUUGUCCAGGCUAUGAGAAAGGGGCACAGCCACUCGCCAUCGGCUGUCACCUACACCGGACAAGGACCGAAUACCUUCGUCAACGACGGAUGGGCCUCCGCUGUGAGUUUUUAUUAUUAUUUAUAUUUAUUUAUCGUAUUUAUGAGCUGAAUUUUGAAAAGCAACGUUCCCCGCUCAUUAGACAAAACUGUUUUUCAGCGUCUUCCGUUCAACAUCAACAACAAGUGGGGAUUCGCCGCCAAGGCCGUCACCUUCCUCGCCAUCGGAUUCUGGGCUCCGUUCAUCGUCGUCGAGUACCAACUGAGAAAGGCCAACCAAUAA